AGCCUUUUGUGCCCUCACACACCGGAGCGGACCGGACCGGACCAUGGCGGGUGCUCCUCCAGGACGUCGGUCGGAGCCGGUGGAAUACAACACACGGGAUUUGAUCAUCUACGCCUUGGGCAUUGGAUCGCGAGACCUGCGCUACGUCUACGAGAAGGAUCCCAACUUUGCAGCAUUUCCAACUUUUCCGGUGGCUCUCUACUACAAAGGCAGCUCCUAUGAUGUGUUGCCCUUUCCAUCGCCUAUCCUGGAGGCCUUUCCAGUGCCCGCGGUCAGCGGUGUCAAGGUUUGGCUCGACGCCGGGAUUACCAUCGAGCGCUGCCGCCCGCUGCCGGCGGGUGGGCGCUUCACGCUGGAGGGUGGCGUGGCCUCGCUGCAGCCGAAGGGCAAAGGAGCGCUCAUGGAGAAGCUCUACGACGUCAAGGACGACAGCGGGGCCGUCUACUACCGCAUGGUGGAUGUCUCCUAUCUGGUGGGCGCGCACGACAUCGAAGCCUUCGGCGAGACGUUGACCAAGCCGAAAGAUGUGGCGAAGGCUGUGGGCUCACGAGCGCCCAAACUGCGGGUGGAGGAGAAGAUGGAGGCGGGCAUUGCCAGCAUCUAUCGACUCAGCGGGGAUUAUAACCCUUUGCAUGUGGAUCCAGGUUAUGCGAAGACCGCUGGCUACGACCAUCCGAUCGUCCACGGCAAAUGUACCUUGGGCCAUGCUGCGCGGAUGCUGAUGGACGGUCUUGCAGGUGGCGACCAACGGCGUUUUAAGUCACUGCAGCUGCGCUAUGCGGCGCCGGUGCUCGCGGGGCAAACUUUAAUCCUGGAGGCCUGGGAAGCCCCCGACGCACCGGAAGAGUAUCUUUUUCAAGUCCUCGUCAAGGAGACAGGCAAGGUUUGCGUGAGCAACGGCCAUUUGAAGCUGACCCCAGCAAGCAAGCUGUAAAAGCGGCUUCGCAAAGGCUUCGCAUUCGCCCGGCUGCUUCUUUCGGUGUGCCUUCGAUUCUUUCGGUGAACACCCAUCCUCAGCAGCCAAAGGCUCCAGUUCCGCCGGUGCCCUUCACCCUAACCGGUGCCGAAUGAACGGAGGAUGACGGGUCGACCCGGGUGCCCCGGAAUCACCCUCCACGGGCCCCGAAGGUCGUUCAUCCAGACUUCCCAGAGAAACUGCUCUUGGGGAACUCAAAACCAACCUGGUAGGCUGAUGAGAUGGCAUGACCCAGACACUCCUCCAUG